AUGAUGGAUGACAAAACAUUACUCAAGGUCGACUUCAAAGGAAAACAAAAGGCCCAGGGCUUUGAACCCAUGGACAAGAGCACAGAAAAGAACCAAGAUCGCCAACCCAAAGAGAAGAACGCCAACGCCCCAUUCCAUGCACCUAGCCUCAUGAUCUAUCGUUGGUAUCUUCGCGCGCGCUGA